GCAGUUCAACUCCGCGGCCAUUCAUUAUAAAGCUGCAAGCUCCUCCGUCUCUUUCCACCUUCAGCCAUUUUGACAAUGUUGGGAGCUGUGGGACGCUGUUGCACCGGAGCACUGCAGGCUCUCAAGCCUGGGGUCCAGCCCCUUAAGGCCCUUGUUGGAUCUCCAGCCGUUCUCUCACGCAGAGACUAUGUCGCACCUGCCGCCGCUGCUGCAGCCGCCUCCGGCCGCAUUGUGGCUGUCAUCGGUGCCGUCGUCGACGUCCAGUUCGACGAGGACCUUCCUCCCAUCCUCAAUGCCCUGGAAGUAGCCGGCCGCGAGUCCAGGCUAGUCCUGGAGGUGGCACAGCAUCUUGGUGAGAACACAGUGCGUACCAUUGCUAUGGAUGGUACCGAGGGUCUGGUCCGUGGGCAGAAGGUUUUGGACACUGGUGCCCCCAUCAGAAUCCCAGUGGGUCCCGAGACUCUGGGCAGGAUCAUGAAUGUCAUUGGUGAGCCCAUUGACGAGAGGGGUCCAAUCUCCACCAAGCACACUGCACCCAUCCAUGCUGAAGCCCCUGAGUUCACAGACAUGAGUGUGGAGCAGGAGAUUCUGGUGACUGGCAUCAAGGUGGUCGACCUGUUGGCCCCAUACGCCAAGGGAGGAAAGAUCGGUCUGUUCGGUGGUGCUGGUGUGGGCAAGACUGUGUUGAUCAUGGAGCUGAUUAACAACGUUGCCAAGGCCCAUGGUGGUUACUCUGUGUUUGCCGGUGUGGGAGAGCGUACCCGUGAGGGAAACGACUUGUACCAUGAAAUGAUUGAGUCUGGUGUCAUCAACCUGAAGGACACUACCUCCAAGGUGGCGCUGGUGUACGGACAGAUGAACGAGCCCCCAGGCGCCCGUGCCAGAGUGGCUCUGACUGGUCUGACCGUAGCAGAGUACUUCCGUGACCAGGAGGGUCAGGAUGUGCUGCUCUUCAUUGACAACAUCUUCCGCUUCACACAGGCUGGCUCUGAGGUGUCUGCCCUGCUGGGUCGUAUCCCCUCUGCUGUCGGUUACCAGCCCACUCUGGCCACUGACAUGGGAACCAUGCAGGAGAGAAUCACCACCACCAAGAAGGGAUCAAUCACAUCUGUGCAGGCCAUCUAUGUGCCCGCUGAUGAUUUGACUGACCCUGCCCCCGCCACCACCUUCGCUCACUUGGACGCCACUACUGUGUUGUCCCGCGCCAUCGCUGAGCUGGGUAUCUACCCCGCUGUGGAUCCCCUGGAUUCAACCUCCCGUAUCAUGGACCCCAACAUCGUCGGCACAGAGCACUACGAGAUCGCCCGUGGUGUGCAGAAAAUCCUUCAGGACUACAAGUCCCUGCAGGAUAUCAUUGCCAUCCUGGGUAUGGAUGAGUUGUCUGAGGAGGACAAACUGACUGUGGCUCGUGCCCGUAAGAUCCAGCGUUUCCUGUCCCAGCCCUUCCAGGUGGCUGAGGUCUUCACCGGUCACAUGGGCAAGCUAGUGCCCCUCAAGGAGACCAUCAAGGGCUUCAAGAGCAUCCUUGGCGGCGAGUACGACAGUCUGCCCGAGCAGGCCUUCUACAUGGUGGGCCCCAUCGAGGAGGUUAUUGAGAAGGCACAGAAGCUGGCUGAGGAGCACGCAAACAAAAAUUGAAAAGGGGGAGAAAGAAAAUAAGAGGGGUUCUGCGGUUUGGAGCACUUGGUUUGUAAAACAUGUCAAAAUACAAAUGUACCUGUCUAGUCAUCCUGAAAAGUUCUAUUUAAUGUUUCCAAUGGAAGAUGGAAUAAAACACUGUCUUUACACAACACAACUUGUCAACUGUAUUUACUAUAUGCUUAUAAAGUUUAAGGAUCUUGUUCCUAUUGGGAGAUUUCAUGAAGUGGCUGUCCUCCACUCUGAACACAAGAUGCCAGUCUUGGUCAUGUUACCUGAACUGUGUUGCCGCUUGUCACAUGCUGAAAUAAAACAGUGGACAAACAAA